UUAAAUAAGAUACCAAUGCAAUUUCUCGAUAUAUUCGACACGUGCUGUACUUUACACACUUCUCCUUUGCCUAAUGUCAAAAGCGAAGAUCGUUUUCUGGUGUUAACUGAGAUACCAAACGUGGUGACGCGUGUUUCGGCGGGAUGUACGGUGAGCCGUAGAACAGUCAUUGAUUUCCACAGGAAUACAUCACGUGCGUCUGUUGCGUUCAUUGCAAGACUGAAGGCUGAUCUGCAAUACCUCCGAAGGAGGGGACUACUGAAGGCGUCGGGUGAACUAUCGUACCAAGGACGUAAAUGCACCAGAUGCGGUGCACCGUUUGGUAGAUUUUACAACACCGGUGCUCUGUGCACACGCUGCAGGCACAGAGUUUGCAGACAGUGCCGUAUCGAGGUCAGGAGCCCUGCCGAUAACAAAGACGUCGAAUGGAUCUGUAACAUUUGCUAUAAGAUCGCGGAAUUACACGUUGUUACUGAGAAAUGGACUUAUGUAAAUUCAGUAUGUAAAUCUGUAAAUGGAAAAGCAGCGUCCCCUGUGGAAUUAUUGAAAAGCAGCAUCCGACGAGCUUGGACAAUCAACGGUCCACCCACACGCUGGUCCGCAGCAAGGAAAUCGCCAGAAUUGCGUAUAUAUCGAAGUUUGCCGUCUCGACAUCAAGAAUAUCGCGAAGUCAUUAACAAGAAUGAAAUCGUAAAGUCCGUUGACAGAGAAACGUCGAAUUCUGAUGAAAAGGAAGCAGUUGCCAGGGAUGCGAACGAACAGUUCGAUCAAUGUAAUAGUUCCACGAAAGACGAUCCAUGCAAAGAUGCGAUAACGAAAAACGAAUCGGUUUCUCUCGAAAAAUUGACAUCGCGAGUCGAAACUAACGAACGAACGAAUGCGAAACGAAUAGAAAAGCUGUUUAAUAAACAGGAAGAGGAAGUGCUAUCGUCGAAUGCUAUAAAAACGAAGAAAAACGAUCGAUCCACUGCAACCACCAGUUGCAAUAAAACAAAGAUCGAAGAGCCAGACGAGACGACAGGUAGCCAAGAGCAAAAUAUAUCAAGAAUUUCAUUGAUAAAACCACCGAGAAUAUUGUCGAAGUUUAUUUCACCAGAGAUAAAAUCUCCAAUUAAACAUGGAGAUAGAAAAUCGAAUAUCCCAAUAUUUAAAAGAAGCUGCAAGGAAUUCGAGGACAUUAGAAGCCCCCAAGAAUCAUCCAAACGGUCUCUCAUCCCUCAAAGAUACCGAGGUAGUACCGACGAUUUGCGUCGAAGUCGCGAGGACAUAAGCUUACCUAGCCUGAUCCCAAAACUUUUGUCUCCAAAAAACAAGGAAGACCGUCUAAAGCGCCAAGAUAGCAAGGACGAUAUCCGCUGCGUAUCGAAGUGUAACCGAAAAGAGUCGAAAGAAGAAACCCGAGGAUCGUUCUUCAACCAGUCGACAGGGAAGGAGGACUCUAAGUACGGCAUUCGGCUAUUCCGGCGGGACAACAGCCGCGAAGACGUGGGUAGGGAGAGCGCGAAUUCAAAUGCGAAUAACGCGGCUGUUGCUGCAAAAGGAAAGCAAGCCGGGAAAGAGGAGAAGCAGGAGAGGACGGAGGAACGCGUGGGCGUCUCGACCACGUCGAAAUCGAAGUCGACGGUACACGAACAAGGCAGGACGAGGGCACCGGACAGAGAGGGCAGUAAGGAAAGCCUCUGUGGCAAGUCGUCGAGAAAUGACGAGGAAGGGCCACGCGUGAACCAGCAUGAGAGAGUGAAAGCCGAGGCCAACGAACAGACGAUGCUCGACGUGGUCGUCACCGACGAGAAGCUGUUGGAAGAACAAGAAGGCGUGAAGAAAGGAGAGAAGGAGGCGAACAAAGAGGAAAACUCGAUGGUCGAGGAGGCAGAAGCAUUGGAGAACGAUAAGAACACGGACUCUAUGAAGGAGAUCGCUGAAAGCCUGAUCGAAAAUUCCGAGGCCGAUGUUACCGCGUUUGGAACGUAUGACAGGAAAGAUUCUGCAUGUGGGAGGAAAUCCGACGAUUUUCAAGUGGUACGUCGAAAGUUUUCAAAGGAGGAGUUUUCCAAUCCUGAUGAUACGGAUGAUACUCCAAAUAAACGUUGCUCCAGUCACUUAUCUCCGGAAGCAAGUCCAUUGAGCACUAGAUCGUCGAGAUACAGCCCAAGGGAGAGCGAGAGCGAACCAACUCCUGCACUACCACGGAAAACGGGUGACUCGUGCUCCGCGUCCCAAAGAAUACGAGAUGCGAUUACAAGGACCAGGAGGGAAUCUAAUAGCACUAGAUACGAGAGCAGCGGUAGCGAGAGUGUCAGAUUAAGUGAAACUGGUCUUCAUGGAUACGUGGAACUGGCUAGGAAAGUAAAGUUUUUCGGUGGAAACGGAAGCAGCGCGGUUCCAUCGACGAUCGGAAGUGAUGAAGUAGUGCAACGUGAUAGCGCAACAAGUGCAGGUGAAGAUGAGCCACAUGACGAUAAUCAUGGGAGAACAGGUCCCAUUUCAUCUCAAGGAAGAAGCAUGCUUCGUAGAAGACGACAGUUCGACGCUCAAGGUUCUCGACGAAGAGGACGAUCGCACGCGAGGACCUGCUGCGCGGAGGAACUUCAGAGUUUCCAAACGUUACACGUGAUCGGGCGUGACGGAAGACAGCACAGUCCAACCGGAAGUCAGCCACAGGAUCAGCCUUUAGUCGACUACAGACGAUUGGUAUUUAUCAGUUCGGAUUCGUCUUCUGGUCGUGAAGAGGACGACGCUGACAGCAGUUGCUCGAGUUCCUCGUUUUUAAACGGGCUGCCACGUGCUGGCAGCCAUACGCAAUCUUUGGAGGACUGCGAUUGGGAUUACUUUGAGAGCGGCUCCUUGCCUCUACCAGCCGGUGUACCUGUCACUAUCGGCACGAGCAACGUGGGCACAGAAACUAGCACCAGCCAGGACUGGAGCUGUUGCCCUGGACGUGGUUCCACUGCUUGUCAGGCCUGUGGAGGUUCCCGAAGCGCGAACGUAUUACCAGUUCCAGUACCAAUCCCCGUGCCGGUGCCAUAUCCGGUACCAGUUCCAGCAUCUCUGUGGACGAGCGACUUCGCAGCAGCUGCCUCCUCCAUGAUAAGCCGUAACAGCGAUGCUCACGCGGAACCAGGAACACUGAGGUUGAGAGGCGACCCAGCUACACCCUGGUUCGCUUGGCAUCCACGAUUCAACCAGCCUCUACACGGAGCCAGGCUCGAUCCACGACUAACUGGUGUCUUCGAUCCGACGACCUGUACCUUUAGACCUGAUCAAAUUCUAGCACCGCCAUUAUACGGCUCCACUAUCGAAGCUUCGUCCAUUCCAUCGACAGAAGAACUUCAUCAACGAGUGAGCAGCUUGCAUGUCAACCAAGAUGAAAACGACGACGCUGCAGUAAGCAGUACGACGAAAUCUAUAGAGGAAGCUGUGUUGGACGUCUGCAAUGAAUCGAAAACCGCAGAGCAAUCUUCCACGAAUGGAUGUGGCAAAUUAAACGAAUCGAAGGCCGGAGAAGAACAAGAAAGUAAGGACGAGACGAACGAGACAAAGAAAAAUGAGGAAAUGGAUUGUCUAGAUUCCGUGAGCGUGUCCUUCGAGAGUAGAAGGGGACAAAGAAUGUUCCAGCACGAUGAUUCUGGUAGCUCUUCUGGUCGAUCUUCAGCGGAUAGCAGCGAUUUGGAAGAAGAUUCCUCUUCUCAUAGAUUCUCGAGAGUCUUCGUUGUUAACGAUGAUUCUCUUACAAGCGAUAAUGAUAUAGAGGAUAAUGAAGACGAGGAUGAAGAUUCGGAUUCUACUACCGAGGAUGGUAUCACCUUGAAGAGGGUCAAGGCUCUUCCUGAUCAGGAACCCGUGGUUUUGCAGUAUGUACGGUUUUUUAGCGAAGAUGCGAAUUACGAAGACACGAAUGGUGAUAAUGAUAAAGGAAAUAAUAACAAGCAAGAUUUAGAGAAAGAGAAAAGGUCGAUUUGCGAAAAUGAUAGUUCAGAAGCUAAUGAUAAGUUUGAACGAGGGGACAACAUUAAUGAGAAAAGAAAGUCUCGUGGAAAGAGGCACAAUUUGGAAAUGAGUAAUGAUAAACGAAUAUCUCUAUCGUUAUUACAGCGUGAGAUGCCUGAAGAAAUGUAUAUUGCGAGCGACAAUGAUUGUUCAGAAAAUCAGAUAGAGUUAAAGUCUAUAAAAACCUUGGAUCCUGAUAGGAUCGAGCCUGCUACUUUCAACACCACUGAAAAUAUUGCAGAAGAAGAAAAAAUAAUUAUGAAGGAGAAGAUGUUUGGUAAAAUGGAAAAGGGUAGUCCAGGAAUUGACGAAUCCAUGUUAUCAGACCAAAUAACGUCUAAUACCGAAAAUACGGAUUCAGAUAAUCAAACACAGCUGUCAUCGACGGAUACCUGGGAUUUAAAUAUAAUUCCAGACUCAUUAGAAAUGUCUGGACAGGAAAUUGUAAACGAUACUGGUUCGUCUGUCGCGAAUAUCGAAGAGAACCCGAAAUUUCACGCUUUGACACCGUUGAUAAUUGCCGGAGCCGAGAAUGGUACUGAUUGCAGUGAAAUAAGUAAUAGCGAUUAUCGUGAAAUCGAUAACACUUUAUCAGAUAUAAUGACCGUGGAGAAUGUAGAUCACAACAAUGAUAAUCAAAAGUAUGACGCACCAGCCGAUUUGAAUUCGAAUUUAAACACUGCAAACGUUUCUUCAGGGUCGGAAAGUUUUACUAGCAACGAGACGAAUACAACAAGCAGCGAGGUGAGCAGCGACGAACUGCACGAGUACGAAGUCACGUCCACCAACGCGUCUUCGUCUUUUGAGACCGAGUUCUCCUUUUCAGCGACGAACAACGAGCUGCUGUCAAGAUUGAAUAAAAAAAACGAGGAAAAAGCACCGUGGCAACAGAAUGUACGAAGCAACGACACCGUGAAAACAGUCAAGGACGAUCAUUGCGAGGAGCCUGACGUUACCGCAUCGGACAGAGCGAAAUGGAACGCACAACGCGAGGCAACAACCGUUGAGCAAUCGUCGGAUUAUACGAACGACAAAGGUGUCGCAAGCUUUUGUACGGAAAGUGAUUCGAUGACAAUUGCAACGGAGGAUGAUCAAUCCGUUGACGAUAAAUCAAGAAAAUCGACGGUAUUGGAGUCCAAAGAUGGUGUGGUGGAAGACAACGACCUAAAUCACGACGAUGGAAUCGAGUUGAAAUCAGCGGGCUCUGACGUAGGCGACAUGAUAACCAACAAGAUCCAAGAGAUGUUCAAGAGUAGCACUGACAGCGCAGGUAAAGCGGAAAGUGCGCAUGACAGCGGUGGUUUGGUGAGAGGCGAGAGUCCUGCUUCCAGCCAGGUGGUAGGAGAAGUGGAAGUUCGCGGUAGAGGUGGUGAAUGUAGUAGUAGUAUCGAUGGUGGUGGCGCCGCUGGAAUCGCGGAGGGGAUAGAAGGGGGAUCGACACGGUUUCGCUCAGUCGAGCGACGCCCGUCUACUCGAAAGGAGAAUGGAUUCCCUCCUGCCGCGUCGACGAAGGAUUCAAUCAGUCAACAAUUUCCCCCAACGAUACAAAACAACAAUCUCAGCAACAAUAAUAGCAACAAAUAUAGAAGCCUUGUGAUGAUCACUCAGGAAGCCUCGUAUCAGCCAGUGAGUGUGAUCACCUCGGACACAACGACCUUGUUGCAGCCGGAUGAAGUGCAUACGGCUAGUCAGGGUCUAGCUGGGUAUUUCCAGCUGGCGCUGGAAGCAGUGUCCGAACAACCGCAUCGUAAGAAUGGUCAGGGUCCGAGGAAACCCUUGAUGGUAAAACGGUUGGCUAGUGUAACGGCGAAUCAUUCGGAAGCGGAAGUGGACAGCGGGUUGAGUGUCGGCAGUGCUAGUGAAAGCGACGACGUGUCGGUGAAAAACACGACGAAAAUCGGUGGUCGACAGGAAAAUGAAGAUACGAAGGAGCGUUUGGGUGGAGAACAGCGAGACGGAAUACGGACACGUGUGUCAUCGCAGUCCUGCGAUGACAAUUCCGCCAGCGGUGCGGUCGUGAUCCUCGAGGAAGGCCUGGCAGACGAUGAUUCGUGGGUAGAAGAAGUCUCGCACGAUGAAGACGAACCUGGCGCUACGACAGCCACCGAAGAAAGCUCCGAGGAUGAAGCGAAUAACCUUGGAGAUCGUGAAGAGGAACUUCGUGGUUACCAUAGACAGGCUAUCGACUUCACUUUGCACACGAUCGUCGAAGAAUCUUGCGAGGAAAGCGAAGCAGAGCCUAGCAUGGCUGCAGGUAGUCCAUCCAAGAAACAAAGACCUCCAUCAGCUUCUGAAUUGGAAAAAUAUUUCUUCUUUGGGCUCGGAGGAGAUGGUAAUAAUUCGAGCAUGGGUUCCCGCGAAGUUGACAGUCUUUCGGAGACUUCGUCCAUUUAUUCCGAAGGUUUGGAAUCCCUGGGACAGGACGAAACUCCAGGGAAUGGACAGAAUCAAGAGAAAUCAAAUUCUGGGGAAGGAUUUUUGAAUUCUUCGAGACUAGAAAAAUACUUUCUAUCGGAGUUUCUGGGAUUUGAUCAGGAUAGACGUGACUCAGAUGGUUCGGUAGGCAGUGAUUCGGAAGGAAGACCGAGUCCCGAAGCGCAGAGAAGAAAGAAACUAGUUCGCGCCAGAGGAACCGGUAGAUCGCACAGUUCUUCUUUGGACAAUUUAUUGGCUCUUACUCAAAGUUCACAGAACUUGAGUUCGCAAAAUUCUCUUCAAGAUCUAAGUUUAAACCAGGAUGCGCAAGAAACCCAAUCAGAAGGUUCUUCCACUGAAACUGAUGGAGCGGAUGAUGGUCAAACUGCAGCCUUUGGAACCGAUGGACAGUUUGAUACCGUGAAACGAAAGAAAAAGAAGCCUAGAAAUUUAGGAACGCAGAGUCCACGUGUUCCAGAUGACAGAAACAAAACUCCAGAACCGAAUAGAGAAAUGGUUUUGGUGGGAGAAGUAGUGAUGGAGAACGAGGCAGAAGCAAUCAAUUCGGAAGAUUCGGAGAGAGCAAAGACUCCUCAACCAGAAUGUAUCCUGUCUUCCUCUUCCUCUCCAUUGACUGCUGUUAAUGCUUCGUUAACAUCGGCGUCGCUGAUCGACUCAAAUAGAAAUAUACAAAUGAGUUCGGGAGAGUCUCUGAGCUACAAUCAAAGAUCGAAACAACAAUCGCGAGACUCUGGAUUUGUAGGAAGCUGCGAUGAUCUGUUACAACAUCAGAAACUACCUGACGAUGGUCAAUCCGGUACGGAACUCAGUCAGGAAACUGGGAAAGAUCGUUCUAAUAACGAGAUCGGUGAGAAUGCUCAAGAUACGAGUCAAACCUCCAUAGAAGGUGUUUCUCAAGUUGAAAAAGGAAACGCGGCUAAAGUGGAUCAUCACCUAAGCCAUACAACACUGCCUCACUUGCCAAACGCUUCUUUAUCGAGGAAGGAUAGCUUCAACAAUUGGUCCAGCGACGAGGAAACAAACUUAAUGAUGUCAAAAAUGAGGCAGUUCUUCAAAACCAUGGUUGCAAAUUCGAAUGGCCAGAAUCAGAAUACCUCGAGCGCAAAUUCUAGUGGGGCUUCACCCGCCCCAAGUCCUAGGUUACCUGGUUACUCUGCAAAAGCCAGACUAUGUCCUCAAAAUCGUACGAAACCACCACAAUUGGUAUACUUUGAGAACGAACUGACUAGGUUGAUGAAAACCGUACCUGGAAUUCGAGACGAACAAGUACGAGAGAUCGUUGAGUACUUGAGUUCUGAGGACACGUGGUCUGAUUCGUAUGACAGUUCGGAUUAUACCAGCUCCGAUUUGGAAGGCGCAGCGGGCGGUCGUCGAUCAGCACUGCAGGAACAGAUCUCUCAAAGCUGCCAGCAGAUUAUCAGUAAAUUCGAUACCACGUCUGGUGACAAUCUGCUGGACAAGGAGAGGGAAGAUAAAACCGAACCGACUGGAGUGCAGCCUCCCUGCCUAGGCAAAGAUACCGCAUUUGUGUAUCAGAAACUGGUUCAAAGUUUCACGAAAAUGGCCGGUGAUAGUACAAGCUCCGAUGCUAAUUCGACACCACAUAGUAGUCCACCGUUAAUUGCUAAGGUGAUGCACCAUAUCGGUAGUCGAUUGGUUGCUUUAAUGCACGAGGUUUCUGAAGGUGGACCAGCUGUUCAACAUCAUUCGAGCUGGAGACGCUACACACAACAUCAUCGUACACCGUCUUCAGCGUCAACUACAGAAGACGAUGAUUCUACAUCAGAUUCAACUAAUGCUCCUUCGUCGACGCACUUGCAAUUGCCCAGAUCGAAGUCUCAUGAUCCUCUGUUGCUAAUUAAUAGUCAUCCAGCAGCUUCAACCGGACAAGAGGGUGAAGAACGUGAAGCUAGUGAUUACGAAAGAUUCUCUUGGCGCGGAAGCUUCGAAUCUGCGUUAAUGGCGGCAGAUUCUAGGACGAAAUUGAGUCUCCUGGCGUGCUCCGGAGAUAGUGUCGGUGCUAGUGUUAGUGCUAACGCCUUGGCCAUGGCUGCUAAGCGUCGCAGUGCCGGAGAUCUGUUGUUCAAUCCGAAAAGUUUCUCGAGGGAACAGUUGGAUAGAGUUAGAAGUUGUGGAUCCAUUGGUGGGGGAAGCGGAGGUGCUGCCAGUGGAUGCGGAGGAUCCGUGGAGGAGAGGAUCUGGAGUAACAGGAGAAGGUCUUCCGUUCCUGAUGCCAACACCAGAGGAGAAUCUGAGACAUCCACAGGUGACGAGGACACCGAAGAUGAACUAGAAUAUACGGGUGAAUCUCGGGCAACGACUCUUCCGCGCGGAAUGCAAUCCGUCAUUACAGCGGCAACCAAUUCUCUACCGCGUUUACCAGCUUCCACAGCACCAGCUGGGUUAACGACGACGUCAACUACGUCUUCGUCGACGAUGCACAAAGCACAUAGCGUCUAUCAUUUCCUACCGCAACAUUCUGGUGUAAAAUCUGCCAGAUAUCGUCCACCAGGAUUCGCUAGGAACAGCAACGUUUCUGGCGCUAUCGGUGGACCAAAACGUGCGGUUAGUGCUCCAGGACUUCAAGUUUCGGGCUCUCAGUCUUCCGCUGGAAAACGAGAUAAUUCGAGAUCGAGGAGGCAACAGGCUAUGUCUCUCACACCUGAUGAUGGAAGUAGCUUGUCAGAAGCAUGUAGUACUCCAAUCAUUGGUGCAGGAUCACGAGCAGGCUCUAGUCACACAGUGAUCGAUGUAGAUGACAUGGAUUCCGGACUACAUUCUGGACACCUUGCAACCCGUGCAUCUUUGUCGAGUCUUGGAGCACGUUCAGAUUCUAUGGCGUCGGUUUAUAGCGGUGCUGGUGAAGGACGGUGCUGUCGCUCGGUUGUCGUCACAGGAGAAGUCGAAUUCGCUUUGCAAUACGAUUAUAAGCACCUAACAUUCGAAGUGCACGUAACAAAAUGCAAAAAUCUGGCUCCUGUUGACGUAAAACGCAAACGAUCCGAUCCAUACGUGAAAGUAUACUUAUUGCCUGACAAGUCGAAGAGCGGCAAACGGAAAACCAAGGUGAAGAAGCACACGUUGAAUCCUGAGUUUAACGAAACAUUGAAGUUCCAUAUGAGUCUGAGCGGCCUAGAAACCAGAACCCUGUGGCUGACAGUUUGGCAUUCAGACAUGUUUGGACGCAACGAUUUCCUUGGCGAGGUUCGAAUGCCCCUGGAGAACAAAAUCUUCGACGAUCCCACACCGAAAUGGUACCCGCUUCAGGAACGAACAGAACCAUUCGACGACCCUGUUGCAUACAAAGGUGAGGUAAUCGUCGGUCUAAAGUUCGUACCACCAGAUCCUACACAACUAGAACGAGAUCGAGAAAUAGGAACAGAUCGUAGUGCUUCUAAAUCGAAGAAGAAUUGGAGUCGUGGUGCAUUACACGUGCUUGUAAAGGAAGCAAGAAAUUUACAAACCAGAGCAAAGAAUUCAGGAACAUGUGAUCCGUUUUGUAAAAGUUAUUUAUUACCUGACAAGGGACGUUCAGGGAAACAAAAGACUGGAGUAGUUCGCAGAUCUGGUGGUUCACCAGUAUGGGGUCAUACUUUCAUUUAUAAAGAUGUUAGUCUACAAGAACUAGCAGAACGUGGACUGGAAUUGACAGUCUGGGACCAUGAUCGUAUUGCUAGCAACGAAUUUCUAGGCGGAGUUCGAUUCAACCUUGGCACAGGAAAACACUACGGAAAACCAGUUGACUGGAUGGAUGCGACCGGUCGGGAGCUAUCACUUUGGCAGAGCAUGCUUGAAAGGCCUAACUUCUGGGUCGAAGGAGCCGUGACCUUGAGGCCAAACCUGCAUAAUCACGGGAAAAACAGCAACUCCUAAGCAUGUCGUGCCCUCUUAGUGAUUUCUUUUGUACUUAAGUGACAUGUUCGUUCGCGGACCUUAUGGGUCUCCGUCUCACGGAAGCUCGAAACGCUUCGGCCUAGUUCAACUUAAAUAUAUACGUAUCAUGUAUAUACGUGGUAGUGUAAUCACACUACACAUCGAUUAGUUUCAAAACAACUUUCGAAAAAAAAACAAAAAAAAAAAAAGAAAAAGACAAAAUAAUCAGUGCCUUUAAGGCCAAUGCGGACGCGUUGAAUUCUCUUUACAGGGCACAGUCUAUAAUUUAGACUCUAAAUUAUGCGGGACACAAUACCGCAUGUGGCCGUCAAGAGGUACUAGCUCUGGACAUAUGCGAACAAGUUCCAAGUAAUCUAAUCUUGGUUCUAAAAUUAGUACUUACCAUUACUGCAGUCUAAUUUGUAAAUGUUCGUAGCUGCGCGAUAAUUAGAAUUUCACUUCGCAGUUUUCGUUUGCUUUUGAUAUGUUACUUUGUAGGUAUUGUUUCGAACUAUGUUUUUCUUAUGUUUAGAUUGCUGUAGAUAUGAAAGACCAUAUUUCAUACGAUUUUCUUCGAGUAAUUUUUCUUUGUACCACUGUAUCCUUCUUCUACGUUUUCGUUAUUUUCGUUUCCUUUUUUUGUUUAGUCGCUUUCAUUACAUUUCUUCGUUAUCACCUGUUAUUUUUUAAUCUCCCAUUUUGUUUUUGUAAUAUCCAUUCUUACAGAGUAAAACAAAUUCUAGCCAGGUGGUCAACAUCGAUAUAUCUACGUGCAAAAUUCGUGCAAUAUUGUGAAAAGGCGUGUCUCGUUCUUCUCUUCGAAUAAGAACUUUUUUGAUGAUAGCGGAAUACAAUUUUUUAAUCGCGGACAUCCGUCCAAUCGCGAGGCGUGAUGACUAUUGAGUAUUUAUCAUACAUGAAUAUCCUUCGUGGCCAAGCAUAUUAUCGAAAGUAGGAAAUAAAACUUGAGUAAGUGAGGCCUCGUUCCAAACGUGUACAUUCUUGGAAAAUGGCUCGUCGAUCGCAGCAAUAGAAUGAAAUUUUAAUAAUUCUAUCUUUCAGCGAACGAAAAAAAAGAACACAAACGAUAUAUAUAUAUUUUAUAAGAUAUAUUUUACUUGACAUUAAUUGAAGAAUAAAAAGUUUUAGCGUUUGGAACGUGGCUUGCAUUGUAGACACUUUCCUUUCUUGGAGAGAAAGAUGCUUCCAGUGUGUACAAUACUUGAAACGAUUUCUCACGCUGAGCAUUGUCAGGCCGAUGGAACGGUGUAUUUAAGGAAUUAAAUAUGACCGGUUCCCAUUCUAUAGAAAUACAUGUAAUCAUAUAAAUGUUAUAUUUAUACAGUCACGUACGAUUACACAAUAUACAAUAAGCCAUGGGGCUUUUGAUCAGUUGUUCGGCAACAGAUGAAAAUCUUAAAUAGAAUAAAAAAAAUCAGUGUUUCAAAAAGAAGAAGCGUAUGCCAAUAGAGAACGCUUAUGAUAAUGCGAAACAUAUAAGAAACACUGGUCCGCGUAUACUUCCUUUUAAUACUAAUUACAUCCGGAACGAACCGAAAGGCUGACGUAAUCGUACUUAAUUAAUUAUUACGAUGCCGAGUUUCCGGUUUAUUGCAUAUAGGCAAGUAUAGAGCGUAACAUGGAUCGUUUAAGUACCUAUCCGUAAGGUUCUUCCUAAAUACAGGGUUAACAAUUGAGACUAUUUUAAACUGCCUUCGACGUAAGUUCUCUCCUAAACACGUGUCAAAGAACCGAGUAUGAAAAUUCGUCAAUAUGCCUAUAAAAACGAGGGUGUCAGCUGGAUGAGCUGUAUUUGUUCGCUAUUUGUUAGAAAAAAAAAAACCCGAUUUGUUGCGCAUAGAAAGUAUUGUUGCAAGACUAUGUUGUGUACGUUUAAGGACCAAUAAUAUUAAAUUAUGAUAAUAAAGUCAAUGAGCAGGAAGAAAGAACCGAAGUGUUGGAAUUCAUGACACGUGCACGUUUUCUGUUUCCGUUCGAGACUGUGUCACGUAACACUCGGAUCGAAUCGUUCGAUCAAUUGGAAAGAAACAGAGAUACUAAUUUGGACAUUUAUUUAUACCAGUGUACAUGAUAAUAAAAUUUUGUAUGUUUA